CAAAAAUAUAACCUCUAAGCACAGGCACCAUCGACUGGCGCGUGCGCCGAUGCUCUGCCGAUAAUCUAACCCUGCGAACGCCGUGCCCCAGGUCCCAACCCCCGGCCCCCCAGGGAUGUGCCCAAUCCACAGGAUGUCAUAAUUUUAGAAACCAUCGCAGGAAGCUAGCCUGGAGACAUGGAAGAUCAGUUAAAAAUUGAAUUGGCGAUUUUAAUCGCCGUUUUAAUCCUGGCCAGGAUUUUGUACCUAGUCCACAAGAUAACGACUGGUUUUAGUCGCGAAGCGUCCAGUAAAAGAGUAACCCCCUGCAGGACAGUCAUCUGCAUUGGUUCAGGGGGGCACACCACUGAAAUGCUAACCCUUAUGGCAAGCCUAGACUUUGCAAAAUAUUCGCCCAGAUAUUACAUCAUGGCAAAAACCGACACAACCAGUUACGCCAAAGUGAGAAAAUUCGAAGAGACAAAAAAUCACAGCAAUUAUGAAAUUAUCGAAAUCCCCCGCAGUCGAGUUGUGGGCCAGUCCUACAUCACGUCUAUUUUCACAACUUUGUAUUCAAUUUUAUACAGUGUUCCGUUAGUCUGUAAAAUUAGACCGGACUUAAUACUAUGUAAUGGUCCAGGAACUUGCAUUCCAAUUUGUCUGAUUAGUUUUCUUCUCAAGGCUGCUUUUAUUUCCGAUACUAGGAUAGUCUUCAUUGAGAGUUUUUGCCGGACGGAGACUUUCUCACUAAGCGGGAAAAUACUGAUGUAUUUUGCGGAUAAUUUCCUAGUUCAGUGGCCGAGUUUGAAGCAAAAGCUCAAACGAGCGGAAUAUAUCGGGCAGUUGAUGUAAAACCUUUUUAAUAAAUAAUCCUGAUUUUCAA